AUGCACAUAAAAUUGAUUUUAAAAUUGUAUCAUACAGAUUUCAAAUCCCACGCUCCAUGUACAGUUACGUGUAACAUAGAAAUUAAUCGGAUCAAUCGGUUUUUUCAUCCAAAACAGAAAGGCCUCAUCAUUGCUUCAUUGUGGUUGAUGUUCUUUCUUGGAAUGUCUAUAAGGAGGAAUUCACAUAAGAAACCAUCAGCAGGCAGUGAAAUUUGCCCCUUUGAGUUACUAGCAGCUGUAGCUGGCAAGUUAUUGCAGGAAAGCGAAGGUUCUGCUUCUAGCACUAGUUCAGAACAAAAAGAACAGAUUAACAUUCCUAAAGAUAAUGUCAAGCAGGAACCACUUGAAAUUAAACUCAAACCUGCAAGAUUAGAGGAUCUUGAUCAGGGAUGCUGUGCUGAAAGUCAGUUUGUUCCUGAACCCUCUAUUCUAGAGUUAAAGCUAGAACCCCCAUUGAAGGAUUCACUACACUCUGAUAAUGAUUCUGGCUUAGAACAUGCUUCUAUAGUUACCACUUCAGAUUUCUUUAAAGAAAUUGGCACUAAUGUGAAGUUGGAAGUCUCAGAUAGCAAGAACAUAGUUAUUGAUACUCCUAGCAAAUCAGAGGGAGGGUGUUAUAGUCAUUGGGACUUAUGUGAUGUUAACAUGGAUGCAACUGCAAAUAUACCUAAGCUAAUAGAGAAAGAAACUGAAAAGUUGCAGGAAACAUGUGUGGAAUUAAAUAAAUCAUAUAGCAGUGUACAUGUACCCUUUUAUAGCAAUCCUGUUCCUAGUGCUUGUUUUCAAAGGCAUAGGGACAACAAUGUAAAGGUAGGAAUUAGAGAUGAUGACGAAAAUUGUUUUAGUUACAAUCAGCAUAUCACCAAAAUGAAGGCGUUUAGGUUGCAGUCAUGUGGUGGGUACAGAAGAAUAAGAAAGAUGUUAACUUCAAAGUAUUGGAAAACAGCUCCAAAGCUUAAAGAUUAUGAAAUCUCCAACACUACCAGUGGUGGAUUGAAGUCCUUCAACCAGUAUAAGAAGUAUAUGCACAAGCGAGAACAUUGUCAAAGUCAAACAAAGUCUCCUUUUAAAAAAAGGAAGCUCUUUCCUGCAUAUGUUGAGGAAACAAGUAGUGAAAGCAUAUCUAAUUUACCCGAGAGGCAUCUGUCAAAAAGAGUGAAAUUCAGCAUAAAGUCUUUUAUAGUUCCGGAAGUAUAUCUUGAAAUGCCAGAAACAUCGACAGUUGGAUCUUUAAAGAGAAAUGUUAUGGAAGCUCUGACAGCUAUUCUAGGAGGUGAAUUACACUUAGGGGUACUUGUUGAAGGCAAGAAAGUUAGAGAUGACAAUAGAACACUAGAAGAAACAGGUAUUUCGUUAAACAGUGAGACUUUGGGAUUCGUGUUGGAGCCUAGUCUUCCGGAAGCUUCACCAAAACAACCUCCAAUGUCUCCUCCUCCACAAUCUGACAAUCAUCAACCAUCAUCCACGUCUCCGGAUAGUCCACUUACAGAGACAGUGUCUUUGUCAAACAGUUCAGAAAGUAAGUUGGAGAAGGAAAUUGAAAAAAAUAAAGAAGAAGAAAUCGAAAUAGUGGUGGAUACAAAAGCAAAAGCUAUUAUACCAAUCACAGCAGUGACUCCAGAGGCACUUUCAAUAGUUCCAUUGAACCAUAAUAAUAACAAUAAAUUGAUUAGCAAAAGAUGUGAAGCUUCACAAUCACAACGUAGAACCAGGAGACCAUUUUCUGUUAGUGAAGUGGAAGCACUUGUGGAAGCAGUGGAAACACUUGGAACCGGAAGAUGGCGUGAUGUUAAAAUCCGUGCUUUUGACGAUGCAAACCACCGAACUUAUGUCGACUUGAAGGAUAAAUGGAAAACAUUGGUUCAUACAGCAAGUAUCUCACCACAGCAAAGAAGGGGGGAGCCUGUACCACAGGAUCUUCUGGACAGGGUGUUGGCUGCACAUGCAUAUUGGUCACAGCAUCAAUCAAAGCAAAAUGGGAAGCAUCAGACUGAACUGAUUCAGACACUUGGGACUCCGGUUAAAGUCUGAUUGGAGUUCCGACUUGGAAGGGGGUGUACAAAGAAAAGAUUUAGGUAAAGAGUAGGAAAAAAAAAAAAGAAGUUUUAACUUGUUUAAAUUACACAACACUUCACAUGUUUAUGGUUUUUACUUUUUAGUUGCUGUGAAUUUGUUCGUCUUAAAUUAAGUUGGAAGGAAGGGGGGGAAUAAGGGGGUUUUAACAUGUUGUUUAUCAUUCUUUUUGUACAUUGAUUGUAAUUCUAUUUGUAAUUGGAUGCAUUUUGUAAUCUUCUUAAUCAAAUUGAUUUAUGUCACCUCUUUUUUUUUUU